CGGACACCUUGGAAAAUAAUAGGAAAACUGGAAAUGGAGACCCAAACCAACCUAAUGGACCCACCACUCAAUACUUUCCAGUGAAUUUCAUCUUGAGCUGAGAGGGGUACUGCUUUUUCUUUGAAGCGGUGACCCUGUGAAUGUGAAUCCAAUGCGAAUAUAUAAAAGAAAAUUACCAAUAGCCCAGCAUUAUUAGACCCGAAAGGAAGACUCACAGAUACUUCCCAAAGUCUUCAGCUUUCUUAAAACAACCUGCAAACCCAUUUCCUCUUCUUCAAUCCCUACUCUCUGAUUUUCUCUUUACUUCAAUUAUUCUCAUAAUUCCUUCAUCAAAGCUAUUCAUAAUGGCUUUCAUCGGAGAGGCUGCUCUAUCUGCUUUCUUUGAGGCCUUGUUUGCAAAGUUUCUCUCUUCCGAGUUCGAGUUUAUCGCUGACAAGCGGGUUCGAAAGGAGAUUGAGAAAUGGAAGCUGACAUUGAAGAAUAUCCGUGCAGUGCUUGCUGAUGCAGAGUGGAAGCAAGUGCGGAGUGGUGCUGUGAAGAUGUGGCUGGCUGACCUCAAAGACUUGGCUUACGACUUGGAUGACAUCUUGGACGAGUUUGCCACUGAAGCUUUGGGGCGCAAGUUGGUGAAAGAACAUCAAGCCAGCACCAGUAUGGUACCACAGGGUAGGCCUACUGGUUUACAUCCAAGUUCCAUCAUGUUUAAUUAUAAGAUGAUGUCCAAGAUCAAAGAGAUUACUAGAAGAUUGGAAGGUUUAGCAACACAGAAAAGUAACUUGCAGCUAACGGAGAUCAGUGUUGGAAGGUCUAUGACAAUGCCAAGGAGGCCGCGGAGCACUUCUUUGGUGAAUGAAACCUAUGUACAUGGUAGAAACAAAGAGAAGCAGGAGAUACUUGAUUUGGUUUUGAGCAACGAUGGUGGUGAUGGUGGAGUUACUGUGAUUCCCAUUGUUGGCAUGGGAGGAAUUGGGAAAACAACCCUUGCUCAGCUUGUUUACAAUGACGACCGCAUAAAAGAUCAUUUUGAUCUUACAUCAUGGGUAUGUGUUUCAGAGGAAUUUGAUAUCGUUAAGAUAACAAAAGCAAUUCUACAAUCGGUCACUUCUGAGCCUUGCGAUGAAAAGGAGUUCAAUUUGCUUCAAGUCAAACUAAAGGAGAAGCUAUCCAGAAAGAAAUUCUUGCUUGUUUUGGAUGAUGUUUGGAACGAGAACUACAGUGCGUGGUUGGAGCUUCGACCCCCUUUCGAUGCAGGGGUCCCAGGAAGCAAAAUAAUUGUUACAACACGUACUUCCAAUGUUUCAUCAAUUAUGAGAACUACUGCGGAUUACUUGUUGCAAUACUUAUCAAAUGAAGAUUCUCUCUCUGUACUUGCUCGUCAUGCGUUAGAAAGAGAGGAUUUUAUUGAGCAUCCAGACUUGAAAGAGAUAGGCCUGGAGAUUGUGAAAAUGUGUGGUGGCUUGCCUUUGGCAACUAUAACCAUUGCAGGGUUAUUGCGCACUAGGGUGAACCAUGAUGCAUGGAAAGCUAUAUUAGAGAGUGAUAUUUGGAAUCUACCUGAAGAGAAAAGUAACAUAGUUCCAGCUCUUUUGUUGAGUUACUAUUCUCUUUCUUCACAAUUAAAGCAAUGUUUUGCUUACUGCUCUCUAUUUCCUAAAGAUUAUGAAUUUAGUGAGGAAGAAACAGUCCAAUUGUGGAUGGCAGAAGGUUUUCUAAAUAGACCAAACACUGAAAGGAGAAUUGAAGAUCUGGGUAGGGAGUGCUUUGAGGAAUUGGUGUCAAGGUCAUUUUUUCAAGCAUCUGGCAAGGCUCAAUCUUUGUUUGCAAUGCAUGACCUGAUUAAUGAUCUGGCUCAGUCCGUUGCAGGAGAAACAUAUUUUAAAAGGAAGAGAAAUGAGGGAAUAGAGAACCCAAGUCGCACUCGUCACUCCUCUUAUGUCAUCGGUGACUAUGACGGAAUCAAAAAGUUUGAGACCUUUUUUGAAGCAAAGUCUCUACGGACCUUCUUGCCCUUUGACACAAAGAUGCGGAUGCAGUAUGAUGAGUGCUUCUUAAGCAAUAACGUUCUCGAUGAUUUACUGCCGAGAUUGAAAUGCUUGAGGGUGCUCUCUUUGAAAAGGUACCACAACUCCGAGAUACCAGAUUUUAUUGGAAUCUUGAAACAUCUACGUUAUCUAGAUUUCUCUUAUACCGGUAUUCGAAGUUUGCCUGAUUCUUUAUGUACCCUUUACAAUUUAGAGACUCUUUUGUUAAAAUUUUGUGAGAAGCUGGAGAAGUUGCCCUCAAAAAUAGGAAUUUUGAAAAACCUAUGCUCUCUAGAUAUUAAUGGUGCAGUUUCUAUAAAGGAAAUGCCAAGUGGAAUUGGUGAAUUAAAAAAUCUCCGAGCAUUGUCUGGUUUUAUUAUCAGCCAUGGAGAUGGACUAAAUAUAAGAGAGAUGCAGAAUUUAUCAAAUCUCAAAGGUCAGCUUUGUAUUUCUGAAUUGCAUAACGUGGAUGAAGCAGAAUACGUACACGAUGCUAAGCUUUCUAGCAAGUCUGGCCUCAAUAAUUUAGAGUUGAAGUGGAGUAAAGACCUCAAUGAAGAUUUAAGAAAGAAAGAAGUUGAGACAGAAGUGUUGAAGUUGCUCCAACCUCAUAAAGAUAUUAAAGAGCUUGCCAUCAAGCAUUAUGCUGGCAUAUUGCUUCCUAUUUGGAUAGGGGAUCCUUCAUUUGAAAAGUUGCGAUCUUUAAAGUUUGAAGAUUGUCGAAAUUGUGCAUUAUUACCUGCAGUUGGGAAGCUACCAUAUUUAAAAGAUCUUUACAUCAAGGGGAUGAGCAGUGUGAUUAGUGUUGGCAAGGAAUUCUAUGGAGACAAUUGCCCAAAUGUAUUUCCAUUGUUAGAGACAUUACAUUUUGAUGAUAUGCCAGAAUGGGAAGAGUGGGAGCCUUGUGAAGUUGUUGAAGAAGGUAGAAAAUUCAGUUGCCUCCAAAAACUCUUCAUUAAAAAUUGUCCCAAAUUGGUUAGAACUUUGCCCGACAGCCUUCCUUCUCUGGAGAAAAUUGUAAUUCGUAAUUGCCAAAAUUGGUAG